AUGCCGACCAGAAAAUCCAAGUCGAGCGCCUCCAAAGGCAAGGCUACUACUGCCUCCGCCGUCCCUUCGUAUACCAUCGUAUCCAAUCCUCGAGGGUUACCACGUCUCGAGGAUGGCCCUCCCUUGGCUGGAGAGGAGUUCAUGGCCAAGAAUGCUCGUGCAAAAGCCCUCAUCAUGUCGACCCUGGUCCCCGGCAGCGAACCGUGGAAGAUUGCCGAACCACUCGAACUGGCUUCGGAUGUAUGGAAAGCGUUGGAAGAAAAGUAUGCGCCGAGAGACGCGAGCGGGAAAAAGAUCAGUCAAACACAGACCAAAAGCGAGAGCAAUUUUAUAGACGACUGGGUGGAGGGGAGGCCACUGGACAAGUACCUUGACUAUUACAAGUCGGACAUUCUGGUCAAAGCAAAAUCCAACUUUGGAAAAUCCAACGUCAAAGUCAAGUCCCUUACGCCCAAGCCGACCGAUAAAUCAUCCAUGCAGGAUCACGUCCUCGAAGACGUGAGAUCGGUGCUCUUCCCAACGGAGACGGCGGAGCAGCAUCCCAAGCCUCCAGCUCCGACAGGACCUUCGGCAUCCGUAGCAUCGGCCGAUGCAGCAGCUGCGCCGCCACUUCGCUCGCGAUGGGUCGCCCGCCCAGUUCCCCAUGAAGAGUACUUCAGCGAAGAGCAAGGUUCUAUAUUUGCUUCACACGACCUAGGGCGGAAGAAACAAGUGCAGAACGCCAUUACGAAAGUCAUGAUGCAGAAGCUACCGAAUCGCGACCUCCGCUUACUCUGGGCAGUUCUGUAUGGUGGUGAGGACGCCAUCUGGCCAGGGUCACUGUCAACGGUCAUUCUAGGUGUGACGCAUGAUGUGGCGCCGAAAGUCGUUCCGGGUGGAGCAGGCACUGAUAAAGAAUCCCGAUCUAACAAGAAUGAUGCCCAGGAUACUCCUGACGAGGAUGCUCCUGACAAGAAUGCUCAACCAAUAUCUACAGAGCCAUGA